AUGGACGAUAAUGGUUGGGAAUCUGCCGUUGAAAGUCGUUUAGAUUUUCUCCAGCGUGAAAAUCGGGAACUGAAAGCUGCUAUGAAAGACCUUCUUCGUGAAAACGAAAACAUGAAGAGUGAAUUUGAAACCAUGAAGAACAUUUUAAGGAAACAUGUCCAAGACACCGAUGAUAAACUGAAGAAGCAAUCUAAAGGGGAAGAGAUAGUGGAUUCUGUUGAAGACAAUUUUAGAUCUGACUUAGGAAGAAAUGAACAAAGAGUUGCAAGAAUAGUUCCCCCUUCAUCAUCAUCAUCAGUGUCUUCCAUCGCAUUCUACAGCUACCUGUCUAAAAAUAGCGGACCAAUAACAGCUCACCAUACAAUGGUCUACGACAAUCUUCAUAUCAACAGAGGAAACGGCUACAACAAAUAUGAUGGCAUCUUCAUCGCACCUGUUUCUGGGGUUUAUGUUUUUCAUUUUUCAGUUUGCAUUGGCGGGAGUGCAUAUGCUAGUUUUGAAAUUCUUGUAAAUGGAGAAGUAAUAGGGGCUGUUAAUGAAGAAAGUCAUGCUGGCAUGGGUUAUCGCGAAGGGAGUAAUUUGGUGGUUACAUUUGCUAAUUCUGGGGACCACGUCUUCAUAAGAACACAGAAAGGGACAACAGGAUACUUGUUUAGCAAUGACAUAUUACCUCCAGACACAUAUCCUGCCCCUGCCGUGGCUUUCUACGCCUACCUCUCCACAAACUCAGCUCCAAAUCUCUCUGUCCACCAUCUCAUUGUCUAUGACGUCAUUCAUAUCAACAGAGGAAAUGGUUAUAACAAAGGAGAUGGGAUUUUCAUCGCACCUGUUACUGGAGUAUAUGCCUUCCACUUCUCCGUGUGUAUAGCCAAAGGCGGGGGAUUCUCAUGGGUCCCUCUUCAACUUACUUUGAAUGGAAAUGUGUUAGGGGCAACUUUUGAAGAGGGUCUUGAUUCGAAUGUCGGUAACCAUUGUAGCAGUGGAUUAGCAAUAUCUGACGUAAAUGUUGGCGACCAUGUUUUUGUCAGAACUCAACAAACGACAAGUGGUGCAAUUCAUAGUAGCCCGGUUGGAAGGACCUCUUUUUCUGGUUGGCUUCUUUACAGAUAA